AUGGAUGCGUCUUCCCCAAUUGAACUCACUCAGACCUUUCAAUACUCCAGCAACACCCACAGCUACAAAGUUCGCUGGACAUCCCUCGGCGACAAAAGCUGCCCGCCAUUAGUCUUCGUUCAUGGCACACCCUGGUCAUCCCGGGUCUGGCACGUCUAUGCCCAGUCACUCGCCAAGUACUUCCAUGUCUACCUCUCCGAUAAUCCCGGUUUCGGCACAAGCCCACUCGGCAAACCUCUCCCCGGGAAGGAAGAUGCUAUCACAAAAGAAGCUGCCUUGGACGCAGAUCUAUCAGCACAGUCCGAAGUGUUUUCCGCGCUUUACAAAUUCUGGGCGGGAACUUGGGGACCGAGGAAGGCACAUGUCAUUGCCCAUGACCACGGCGGACUGAUGAGUUUACGGGCGCAUAUAGUCCACGGUUGCGAGUUUGCAAGCCUGUGUCUGAUUAAUGUUGUUGCGCUGGGGCCUUUCGGGCAGCCUUUGUUCAAAUUAAUUGCCGAGCACGAGGAGGUCUUUCUUGCGUUAGAGGGCCCCGUUUUUGAGGGUAUCGUUGAGUCUUAUAUUCGCGAUGCGGCACAUUCGGAUUUGAAUAGGGAAACCAUGGAGAUUUUGAAGAACCCAUGGGUAUCAACCGAGGAAGGGAGGAGGGGCUUUGUGAGGCAGAUGGUGCAAGCCAAUAGCCGCAACACGGAGGAAGUUGAGGGCAGGUAUCCGGAAGUUGGUAAGGCUAUGCCUGUUCGGAUCAUCUGGGGGAAAGAAGAUCGAUGGAUCCCAGUUGAGACUGCAUUCAGACUGAGAGAAAGCUUGAAUGCUCAGGAUGUGGUGCUGAUUGACGGAGCGGGACAUUUGGUGAUGUAUGAUCAGGAAGGAAAACUAGGUGUGGAGCUGGGAUGGUGGUUAAGCCAAGCAAAAAACAUUGAAUAUUGA